AUGCGCAUCUCACGCGCAAUUCCUCGCGUUUUUGCCUUCUCCGCAGCGCGUUCCUGUGUCCACGACCUCCCUUCCCUUCCCUCAUCUCAUACGGUGCGGUUCAAGAACGAGUUGGAGCGAAACAUCACGAUCAAGCUGGGAUACGCCAACGCCAAGAUCUACAAAUGCGAGGACGACGCCUGCCCUCGCCCCAUGUGCUACAAGGCGUACGGCAGCAGCAAGGAGGACAGCCCGCUAUGCGACGUGCCGGGAUUUGAAAAGGCCCGCAUGAAGCUGAUGCGCCACGUGUCAUUCGUCGAUUGCCCGGGCCACGACAUUCUGAUGGCGACGAUGCUGAACGGCGCGGCGAUCAUGGACGGCGCGCUGCUGCUGAUCGCGGGCAACGAGAGCUGCCCGCAGCCGCAGACGUCGGAGCAUCUGGCGGCGGUGGAGAUCAUGCGGCUGAAGCACAUCAUCAUCCUGCAGAACAAGAUCGACCUCAUCCAGGAGAGCGUCGCGCUCAACCAGCACGACGCCAUCCAAAAAUUCAUCCAGGGCACCAUUGCGGACGGCGCGCCGGUGAUCCCCAUCAGCGCGCAGCUCAAGUACAACGUGGACGUGGUGUGCGAGAUGAUCAUCAAGCGCAUCCCCAUCCCCGACCGCGACUUUGUGUCGCCGCCCAACAUGAUUGUCAUCCGCUCCUUUGACGUCAACAAGCCCGGCGCUGAGGUCGAUGACAUCAAGGGCGGCGUUGCUGGUGGCAGUAUCCUGCACGGAGUGCUGCGCGUGGGGCAGAAGAUAGAGGUGCGGCCGGGCAUCGUGGCCAAGGACGCGGACGGCAAUAUCCGCUGCACGCCCAUCUUCUCGCGCAUCAUCUCGCUCUUCGCCGAGCAGAACGAGCUGCAGUUUGCCGUGCCAGGAGGGCUCAUUGGUGUGGGUACAACUAUUGAUCCCACGCUCACCCGCGCGGAUCGCCUCGUGGGGCAGGUGCUGGGGGAGGUGGGGGCCCUCCCGGACGUCUUUGUUGAGUUGGAGAUCAAUUUCUUCCUGUUGCGACGGCUGCUGGGAGUGCGCACCAAAGGAACAGAGAAGCAGGGCAAGGUGGCGAAGCUGACAAAGGGAGAGGUGCUGAUGCUCAACAUUGGGUCCAUGUCUACGGGUGCGCGCGUGGUGGCCGUGAAGAACGAUCUGGCGAAGCUGCACCUCACCUCCCCCGUGUGCACCAAGACGGGCGAGAAGCUCGCUCUGAGCCGGCGCGUGGAGAAGCACUGGCGGCUGAUUGGCUGGGGGCAGAUCCAGGCAGGUGUGAAGCUCGAUGUGCCGCCACCUGUUGACUUGCCCAAGUAG